UAUAAAUUUAUCAAAUAAAAAUGGACGCCAAAUCGACUGCAUUCCAUCUCUACAAAUAGACACUAAUUAGAAAGAACACUAAACCUAUUGGACAAAUCUAUAGUUAUGAAUAAAAGGAUGUAAUUAUUUUGUUUUAAUCUGUGUAGAAAAUUGGGUAGGGUGCUUAUGGUAGUGUCUACAAAGCAAUUCAUAAAGUAAGCAAGCAGGUUAGAGCUGUUAAAGUGAUAAAUAAGCUUAACAUUAAACAUAAGGAGAGACUUUUAAGCGAGAUAACAAUAAUGGAAUUAUUGGUAUAAUAAUAAAUUAUUAUUUAGGAUCACCCCAGCAUAUUGAGAUUAUAUGAAACAUUUGAGGAUGCAGAAUACUUGUACAUGGUUUUGGAGUAAAUUUAAUAAUAAAUUAAAGAAUCUGCCAAGGAGGAGAUGUGUUUGACAAAGUUCUAGAAAAGGGAUGUCUACCAGUAGAAGAUGCUUUUAAAAUAUAUAUUUAAUAUAUGCGAGCUGUUAACUAUUAUCAAGGGUUUAAAAUAGUGCAUAGGUAAUAUACACCAUAAUUAAUUAGAGAUUUAAAACCAGAAAAUUUUUUAUUUUAGAAAAAAAAUGAGUUAUCAUCCUUAACAUUGAUUGAUUUUGGUAUUGCUAAGAGAUGUAUUGAUAAAUUAAAAACAAAAAGUGGCACAGUAAUAAUUUACAUAUAAUCGAGGCAUAUUAUGUGGCACCUGAAGUUUUAGAUGGUUUAUACGAUCAUAAAUGCGAUGUGUGGUCUGCUGGUGUUGUUCUUUAUGUGAUAUUAUGUGGAUAUCCUCCUUUCUAUGGAGAAAAUGAAAAAGAAAUACUUACUGAAAUCAAAACUGGUACCUUAUAAUUUGAUGGUAAUAAUUAAUUAAUUAUAAAUAGGUGAUGAAUGGUAAGGAAUAUCAUAAGAAAUUAAAGAUUUCAUUCGAUCUCAAGUCUGUUCUGCUGAAAAGAGAUUGCUACCAAAGGAUUUGUUAAGUCAUAAGAUUAUUACUCAAUACAAUCAAAAGUUUGUUUAGGAUAAUAAAUUAAUAUCUAUGCUGACACUCAAUUAAUGGGUCAAAUAUCAUCCAAUUAGAAGAUUAGCUCUCUUUUAUUUGGCAACCUAACUUGAUUCAAGUGAGUUAGUCAAUUAGAAAAACUGUUUUUUCUUUAUAAAUACUUCUCAAACUGGAUUAAUUACUCAAUAAGAGCUAUCGAAUUAUUUAAAGGUAAAUAAAUAGGAUGUUCAGAAAUUGUGGCCAUAUAUUGAUUGUAAUAGCAACGGCUAUUUGGAUUAUUUUGAGUUUGUAGCAAUGACACUUACAUAAUAAGAAUAUUAAAAAUAAUUGCAAUUUAUGUUCGACUUUUUAAGUUAAUAAGAUAAGGUAAUUUCACAAAAGAGUAUCAAAUCUAUUUUCGAUUAAAAUGCUAACUUCAAUAAUAAGUGGGACAGCAUCUCAGAUACAAAGAAUCAUUUGGCAAUAGUCAACCAACAUGAAUAACAAAUUAAUAUUAAAAAUAUUCUUGAAAAAGAUAUGGAUUUUAAUGCCUUCAAAGCAAUAAUGUAAUGA